GUCGUUGCAAUCCGAAUAUCCUACUAUAAAAUUACACGUUAUAUACUCGCUUAAAUUUAACUACAAAUAUCAAAGUUAUCAUAAUCCCCAUGGUUGUACAGUGUAUUAACUAAUAAUUCGAUUUAUAUUCAUAGAGGAUUUCUUUAAUUAUUUUGAGCACUUUUCCAUACUUUAUUUGCUAUGCAUACGCAUGAUCGUGUUGCCUGCACGAUUGCAUGCUUCGGCACAGAUUAUACAAGGAUGAAAUUGUAGAGCCGUUAAAUUCUUAGAUGCUUCGUAGCAUAUCGUCGAAGUGCUUUUAAUGCUUGACCAUUCGUAGAAGUAGUGAGAAAGAAAUUUAUUUAGUACUUUGGUACCGUUAUGCGCGGAAUUUCAAAAUCUACGCGUCUCUCGAGUUUCGAGAGUGGUUGGAAUUGAUGUAUCGAUUCGUGGAACCACAGAUGAUCGCACUCCAGUUCAGUCGGUGAUCGACUGUUUGUGUCAGUUGGUUUCACGGAUUUAGUGACAGUGUCGUGCCAUUUGUCAAGUGUAAAAGUAUUUUUAAUAUAUUGACAAUUAACUUUGAAUAGCUUCUGAUUGCUAUCAACUUUUAAACAUUUCACGAGGCACACGUGUCAAUAGAUUGAUUGAAACGAAGGAAAAGCAUUGACUGCAUACCUUCCUUAGCAGGAAAUAUAGAAGAUUUAUUUCAGCUCCUUCAAGCUGAGUAGCUGAUCUUUGUAGAAGAUGUGUGGAGGAUUUACGUGCUCCAAAAAUGCACUUACAGCAUUAAAUGUCUUAUACAUAGUUGUAGCCUUCAUCCUAAUCGGGGUAGCUGUCUACGGUAGAGCUUCAGCCCUUGUUACAAACCUCCCAAUUAUCGGAGGGAUUUUAGCUUGUGGCGUUAUACUCUUUGUCAUAUCAAUACUUGGACUGAUUGGUGCAAUAAAACAUCAUCAAGUUUUGCUGUUCUUUUACAUGGUAAUCUUGUUCCUGCUAUUCUUGGUCCAAUUUAGCAUCGCCUGUGCUUGUCUUGCCGUCAAUUCAGAACAACAAGAACAACUUGCAGAGGAGGGAUGGAAACGAGUUGGACCAGAAUUAAAAGCCAAAGUUCAAACAACUUUUACAUGCUGUGGUUUCGAAAAUAGCCUCAACACGACCAGAGAUCCGACUAUGAAUCAUCCGUCAUGUGAUAUUGUGAAUAAAAUCUGCGCUGCUAGGUGUUCAACUUCUCCCUCUGCAGCUGAAAAGGACUGUAAUGUAUGUGAUGGAUGCAUGUAUAAACUGCAAUCAACAAUUGACUAUGCCUUUAAGUUAUGUGGUGGAAUUGGACUAUUUUUCAGCUUCACUGAGUUUGUUGGCGUUUGGUUGACCGUACGCUACAGGAACCAGAAAGAUCCACGAGCUAAUCCUAGUGCUUUCCUCUAGUCUAACACCAUCGCUAUGUCCCCUGUGUCUUCGUAUGAACCUCCUAACAGAUGGUAAUUGCAGCAUUCCUGGCUAGACGUUACAGAAAUCAAUGGGACCCAGAAGAAAAGGCUGCGCGAGCUGUUUUUCCUCGUCAAAACUAUGUAUACUGAUUGGCCAAGCAUGGUCAGUCAACCUUUGAGUCUUUUAACAUCGACUUAACUUUUCAACGUUUCGUUAAACUAAGUGUAUCCAAAAUACUCGUAAAUUGUUUUUUUGAAAGAAAUGAUAGAAAACUCAAAAAAAAAAACAAAAAAGCAACAAAAUAAUUAAAAAAAAAACAAACAAAAAUACAAAUAUACUUUUUAGUUUACGAGGAAAUAUUUCUGUCUUAAUAUUUGAAGAGGAUUUCAAAUGACCAGCCAAAAAACAAUUAUUUCAGCCUCGUAUAACAACGCUCAUUACCUGCAAAAAAUAGGAAUAAAAUAUCUUGCUCAUUUCUGGUGGUAAUAUGGCUCCCAUUUGAAAAUCCUUUUUAGGUAGAUAACUGCAAAGUCAUUAUAUCUAGACGUAUCGAUAAGAAACAUUCAUAUCUGCUCAAUAGUGUAACGACUUGCAGCAUUUUAUUGAAAAAAAAAUUUCCAAAUCUCAAUUAACACAUUGGUUGAGGUGAAGGGGACAUAAUAGCUGAAGUGUGUGCUCUAGUCAGCCACUAAGAUACUAUCAUAGCAAGCCUCAAUGCGCCUUGUAGUCUAGCAUUAAACUAAACUGUUUACUGUAAGGUAAUUCACCUUUAAGAAUACAUACACACACAUCUAUACGCAUAAUAGGAAUUCUCAGAUCUCUUCAUUCUAAUCUUAUUAUGUACUACUAGGCUGACAGUGCUAAUCGUCGGUAUCCCACACGUGCUUCAAACUAUGAAUUUACUUAUUUCUUCUGUGUACAUAGAUCGUGCGGAUCAUUAUCAUUUGGUCAAAUAUUGAACGACUGAUUUUUUUUGCUCCUGUCUUAAUUAAGUACCUUGAAUUUUUACGGUAUAAUGGAUCCCCAUAGGUGUAAAAUUAAUUCCAAAUACAUGUGAAAUCACAGAUAUCGGGACUGACGUACUCGCGAAAUACACGUGAAUACCUGUUCUUUACUCAUACGACUCCAUAUUCUAAUAAUCGUUUCCUCGCGUUUUACGAUUCAAGAAUAAACCAAGAAUUCCAAUAUCCAAGACUUUCUUCCGUUUAUAUAUUUUCAAAUUUUUAUCGGUGACGAUCAUAUACAUUUUUAGAUUUAGAAUUGUGUUCAUCUCUCGUUAUAAACAGAUUUUACAUUGGUUUACCCCUUUUUUUUAUCUACAUUACGUGUCAUGUUCAUUUUUCGCAUAAUUAUUAAGCCCAUAUCACGUUCCAUAUCAUCCUAUUAAUAUCAAUAUAUUUGAAAAUUAUACAUACUUUGUAUUAGUUCACAGUCAAUCAAAUUGUAAUCAAUUAUCGAUAUAUUAGCAGUCGUUGAAAAUAUAAUACGUACAUAUGUAACAUACAUAAUAUAUAUUCGGUCAGAAGUAUCAGCUAUACGUAAAUGAAAUGUAUUCAAGUAUAGAAUCAUAAUCCUGUUACUGUACUCUCUCACAUAAUAUAGCGUAGAAUAUAUCUAGCUUAAUCUAUAUGAAAAAAAAAAUUUUAAAUCCAGUACUUGUAUGUACAGGAUGCUGACUGCUAUCGCAUUUUAAAGUGAUUUUGGUCGAAGGCUAGAUGAAGUGAAAACUAAAGUAACAAAUAUUUAAUUAAUCAUUAUCUUAUCCCUCCCCAAUCUUUUCCAUCGGCUCUUGAAAUUGGCAAAUCAAACGUUUACUUCAUGCGUCGCAUUAUUCACAUCACCGCAAAUUACGCGUCGCAAAUUCUUGCUGCCUAUGCUUGCAAUUUUACAAUUGUUUGGUAUAGUCGGUAAAUACGUAAAUGUAGAGGCGAUUAAUUAAUAGUACAUGAUUUAAACCCUGCGUUUCACUGUAACGUACAGUGCUCUAGACGAUUCAAAUGAGUUUAACUUGAAAAAGACGGAUUAUUUUCAAUGUACCGACUGCUUUAUGUAACCUUUGAUCUUAUGAUGAAAUAAACACAAAUGUUAUUUAAAAAUCA